GGCACGCCGAGGCAAGGUCACAUCGUGUACCGUUCUGUCGUACUCGCCCCUCACGCUCUCUGCUGAAGCUCCCGUGAUCUUCUCUUCCUUCUCUCUCCACUUACUGCCGCACAGCCAUGGCGGACAGCGCGAGCGAGAGCGACACCGACGGAGCGGGGAGCAGCUCGGCCAUCCCGAUGUCAUCCUCCGCCACAAAUUCUGGGAAACCAAGCAUAGUCAUUUCACAGUUUCGCCUGGAGGAACUGACGAACCGCCUUGCCUCGUUACAGCAAGAGAACAAAGUUCUGAAAAUUGAGCUUGAGACGUUUAAACUAAAGUGCAAAGCCCUGCAGGAGGAGAAUAGGGACCUCCGCAAAGCUAGCGUCACCAUUCAAGCAAGAGCAGAGCAGGAGGAAGAAUUUAUCAGCAACACCUUGUUCAAGAAGAUCCAAGCUCUCCAGAAGGAGAAAGAGACCUUGGCAGUCAACUAUGAAAAGGAGGAAGAAUUUCUCACUAAUGAACUGUCAAGGAAACUUAUGCAACUCCAACAUGAGAAGGCAGAACUGGAGCAGCACUUGGAGCAAGAACAGGAGUUUCAGGUCAACAAGCUCAUGAAAAAGAUCAAGAAAAUGGAGAAUGAAACCAUCUCAAAGCAGCUAACCCUGGAACAGUUGAGGCGGGAGAAGAUCGACCUUGAGAACACAUUAGAGCAAGAACAAGAAGCCCUCGUCAACAGGCUGUGGAAGCGAAUGGACAAACUGGAGGCUGAGAAAAGAAUUCUUCAGGAAAAGUUGGACCAGCCUGUAUCAGCUCCUCCCUCCCCAAGAGACGUUUCCAUGGAAAUAGACUCACCAGAAAACAUGAUGCGGCAUAUCCGCUUCUUGAAGAAUGAGGUGGAGAGACUCAAGAAAAGCCUGCGCACCACCGAGCUGCAACACACAGAGAAGCGUGCCCAGUACAUAGAAGAGGAGCGGCAGAUGCGGGAGGAGAACAUCCGGCUGCAGAGAAAGCUUCAGAGAGAAAUGGAGCGCAGGGAGGCCCUGUGCAGGCAACUGUCAGAGAGUGAAUCCAGUUUGGAGAUGGAUGAUGAGAGGUACUUCAAUGAGAUGUCUGCACAAGGUCUGCGAGCAAGGACCGUGUCCAGCCCCAUCCCAUACACCCCCUCCCCCAGCUCCAGCCGACCCAUAUCACCUGCUUGUCUUUCAGGGCUCUCCUAUGGAACUCACACGGUUGGCUUCACCCCCCCAGCAACACUGUCCAGAGCUGCCAUUUCCCACUACAACACCCCCGCCCUGCACAUCCACGGAAGCUCUUCUCAUGCCGUAGCAAGGCCCUCCCCAAGAAGAAGCACCAGUCCUGACAAAUUCAAACGUCCAACUCCACCACCCUCUCCCAACACGCACUCAGGUGCCCUGCAGGCUCAGCCUCCGCUCCCCCCACCAGCCCAGCCCAUGGUCCAGUCUAUGUCGUCCCCAGCAGCCAUGUCACAGCACGCAGCAACAGCACCACCACCGCAGCAGCCUCCCUCUCAGCCUUAACGCCACAUACGCGCCCACACACACACACACACACACACACACACAGUCUCUGUCUCUGCGCAUGACUGUGCGCAUUGAAUGCCACGAUGCUACUGCUGCAACUUCCAUCAUUACAAGCUCUGGAAGCGAAGUUUCUUACUCUUAACAAAGUCCACAAGAUGCAGCUUCAGAUGUUUUGGAGGAAAAAGGAAACAAGAUGGCAACUCCGCCUUGGUGACGGUGGCUGCCUGCCAAAUCCACAUGUGGCGUUACUUAACUACAGGAAUGGAUGGACUUCAGAUUAAAUGCUUCUGGGAUUUGUAGGAUAAUUACUUGUUCCACCCUCUGUCUUGUACCUGUUAUGUUCUUUGCUUGGGACUCUAGCUGGAUGGAGUUGUUGUUGUGGCGCUUCAAGAUAGCACAAACGGAACAGUUAGUGUGUUUCAUGGUGAUGUUUUAUUAUAGGUUGGAUGUUUGGAUCAGUGGAUGUACAGCUAGAGAAGUGGAUGGAUUGAUAGAUGGUUAUUUUUUCAGGCCUAUAAUACGAAACAGCAGUAAUGUCCUCCACUCCAACUCACCCUUUUGUCUUCUAAGCCGUGUCAUCAUGACUCCAAGUUAAUCGUGGCUUCGAUUAGGUCUUCAAAAAGUGUGGAAGGCUGUGGGAUGUUCUCCGUUGUAGGCCAUUGGAUCAAAUAGAGCCUGCAGUGCAGUUAUUUUAGUUCCUGAAAGCCUUCAAUUAAAAUGAAAGUAAAAAAAAACAACAACAAAAAAACGCACCAUUGAAGAUGGGACACUGGUACAUAAACCAGAGAUAAAAGUCACCAAGUAUAGUCCAAGGUGUUACAGCUUAGUUAUGUACUCAGUCUUCUGUCUGAUAUCUCUAUCUCUGGUGUAUUUCUGAAAGCUUCUAUCAUCCUAACGGAUAUUUCUCAUCAGAAAAAAGAAAAGACAAAUCUCUUUACACUAAAUACACAUACUGCUAAAGCAUUCUGACUGAAUGGUACUGUUGACUAAAUUUCUAUGUAUGAUUAAAGCUCUUGACAUGACAACA